AUGGAGGAGUUCCGGCGGGCCUACGCGCGGCUGUGCGCGGCGGGCGGCGCGGCACCGCAGGAGGCCGUGCUGCGGCGGCUGCGGGAGCUCGGCGGGGCGCCGGGCCGCGGCCGCCUAGACCUGGCGGCGCAGAGCCUCUCGCUGGAGACGUGCGGCGCGCUGGGCCGGCUGCUGCCCGGCGCCGCGCCCUUCGCCGAGGUGGCGCUCGGCGACUGCGGCCUGAGCGAGGAAGGUGUAAAACUUCUGUUGCAUGGUCUUUGCUCCAACACCACAGUCAAAUCUUUGGACUUGAAGGGAAAUAACCUGCGAACCGUGGGAGCUGAGGCUUUGGGAAAACUUCUUAGGCAGAACAAAUCCAUCAGGAGCCUAAUCUUGGAAUGGAACAGCCUUGGCGUGUGGGAGGAGGGCUUCUCCUUUUUCUGCCAAGGACUGGGAGCAAACAACUUUCUCCAGCGGCUAGAUCUGCGCAAUAACCAGAUCAACCAUCAAGGGGCCGGAGAGCUGGCCGUGGCACUGAAACAAAAUGCCAGCCUUCAGGAGCUGGAUUUGCGUUGGAAUAAUAUUGGGCUUCUGGGUGGCCGAGCUUUGCUGAACUGCCUGCACAGCAACAAGACCCUGAAGAGGCUGGAGCUGGCUGGGAACAACGUUCCUAGUGACAUCUUGAAAGCUGUGGAACAAGCCAUGGAUCACAACCAAGACCGUCAGACUAUCCUGAGCGAGACCCAGAACCGAACAUACAUACUCAGCAAGGAGGUUUUGAGCCUGAAGGAUGAGAAGACCAAGCAGUUCUUGGAUUUGAUGGACACUAUAGACAAGCAGAGAGAAGAAAUAGCGAGGAGUGGCAGGAUGUCUGCAGUGCGAAUCAGCCAGCUGCAGGAAGCGUUGGAUGAGCAGCACUCUAUUAUGAAUUCACUGAAAGCCAAGCUGCAGAUGACUGAAGCUGCCCUGGCUCUGUCUGAGCAAAAGGUGCACAAUCUGGGAGAGCUACUGAAUGCCACAAAACAGGAACAAACCAGCAUGGCUGAGCGCCACUUUACGGAGCUCCAGCAGCAAAAGCAGGAAGGUGCUGAUCGGGAAGGCAAGCUUUUGCGUGACUUGUCUGCUGCCAGUGAGAAAAAUCUGCUUUUAAGAAACCAGGUGGAUGAGUUGGAGAAGAAGUGCAAAGUUCAGCAGGAUCAGCUAUUCCAGGUGAAACAAGACUUGACCAACACAACAGCAGAGCUGAAGCUGCGGGCCGUGCAGGCUGAGGAACGCCUGGAAAUGGAGAAGAGAAGAUUUAAACAAAGCCUUGAAGACAUGGAAUCCCUUCGGGUAAAAGAGGUGGAUCAUAUGACACAGCACAUUGAGGCCAGUGAACGUUCCAUGCAGGACAGGAUCCAGAGGCUGGAGGCCAUCAGGAUAGCCCUGGAGGAGGAGCUGAGCCAAGUCAAAGCAGCUGCACUCACAGAGCGAGGCCAGGCAGAGGAGGAGUUAAUAAAAGUCCGGAAUCAGGCACGGCUGGAGGAGCAGCAACGACUAGAACACCUAGAAGAGAAGCUGCGGCUGAUGACUGAGUCACGAGAUGAAGCUCAGAACAGCUGCCUUAAGCAAAAACAAAUGGUUUCUGAGGCCCAAGCCAAAGCCAAUCAGUUGAGCCUGCAUGCUGAUGGACUCAGAAGGCGGCUAGAGGAACUUCAGCAGGACCUGAACAGUAAGGAAGAGGAGAAAGUGACAGAGGUGAAUAAAGUGAAAGUGGAAUUACAGGAGCAGAUUGGACACCUGCAGGCUGAACGCACAGCACAGGACGGGCUGAGAGAGAAGAUUGCAGCCCUGGAGAGACAGCUGAAAGCCCUAUCAAGUAAUCACCGCGAGGCACUGCUGGACAAAGAAGGUGAAAUCUCUAUGCUGCUGGAGAAGCUGAGAAUGAAAGAGGCUGACAUCUCCAGGAUGAGGGAAGAAGAGGCCCAGCGAGCAAGUUUCUUGCAGAAUGCCAUCAUGGCAUAUGUGCAGGGCUCCCCCUUGGGAACCCACAGUUCUAGGAAAUGAGAGCGUGGCUUAAAGAAUCCAGAUACUUGCUGUCAGGAAGAGGGUAAGCAACUCAGGCACAGCCCCUUCUUUCUAAGUGGGACAGUUCUGUGAGAGUGGGGUGGCACGAAGGCUUGCAAACACAGAAAAUUGCUCUUGCUCUUCAGAAAUCUUGCUCCUGACCGCAUAAAGGAGAGGAGGAAACAACCAUCCAGGGCUGGGAUAGAGGCUCAUGGGUCUGAGUUUGUGAUGUGGAGCCCUUCCCCUGCACUGCUACAGCAUUUGAAGUAGUUUCUGUGUCCUUUUAUACAGCACCAGUCUGUCGGCACACCCUGUUGUUACCAGGGGGUUGUAUGUUCCCUGGGCAGCGGUCCUUCUGAAGCAUUUGUUUGAAUGCCAGGGCUGUUCACAGUGAAACCUGAUAAAUGACGGGCCGCAGUGUUUACAGUUCCCUGUAGGUGAGAGCCAUUUACGUUGCUCAUGGGGUCCCGAAGCUGCUGGAAACACCAGAUCUUACCCACCUGUGCUUUAAAGCCAGUGCUUACAGAUGGAAGCAGCGGCUGGCAGGACUCACUUUGGCUCUUUUACCCUGCCCCUCUGUGGCUCUGGCUGUAGUGAUGGACAGUAGACACGCAUUCAUUAUAGAUGGAAACAGCUAUGCAGAGGGGGACUACUGUGCAGUGGCUAUCCAUAUCCUUGUUGGACAGCUGGGCUUUGGCCAUGGUUCAAGCCUCUACAACACCGACUGGCA